AACUGAUAAUGUCUAAGGGUAAAAUCAACCGUAUGCCAAACCUACAAGAGUGAGCAUGGUUCUGAACCUGAAAACCCUAGAGCCAGGGAGAGAGACAGAGCGAGCGAGAGAGGCAGAGAGAGCGAGAAUGGUGUCCGGAUCCGGAGUUUGCGCGCGCCAGGUGGUGGUUGAUGCACGCCACCACAUGUUGGGGCGGCUGUCGUCGAUUGUCGCGAAGGAGCUGCUCAACGGCCAGAAAGUGGUGGUUGUGCGGUGCGAGGAAAUUUGUCUCUCAGGUGGCCUUGUGCGUCAGAAGAUGAAGUAUCUCCGUUUCCUUCGCAAGCGCAUGAACACCAAACCCUCUCAUGGUCCCAUCCACUUCCGUGCUCCGGCCAAGAUCCUUUGGCGCACCAUCCGCGGGAUGAUUCCGCAUAAGACGAAGCGUGGAGCUGCAGCGUUGGCGAGGUUGAAGGCGUACGAAGGGGUUCCUCCGCCUUACGAUAAGAAGAAGAGGAUGGUCAUUCCCGAUGCUCUCAAGGUUUUGAGGCUUCAAGCUGGGCACAAGUACUGCUUGUUGGGACAACUUUCAAAGGAGGUUGGAUGGAACCAUUAUGACAUUAUCAGGGAACUGGAGGAGAAGAGAAAAGAGAGGGCACAGGUGGCAUAUCAGAGGAAGAAGCAGCUCGCAAAACUCAGGGUCAAGGCCGAGAAAACAGCAGAGGAGAAGCUUGGAUCCCAGUUGGAUAUAUUGGCUCCUGUGAAAUACUGAAGUGUUUUAUGGUUACAUUGAUAUUUUGCUUCUGUUGACUCGGUUUUCUCCAGUGCUUUUGCGAUUUUAGAGAAGUAAAACUAUGAUGAGUUUAGGAGUGGUCAUUUUGUUUUUUUUAUAUUUCAGUGUAGCAUGAUUCUUCUAUAAAUUAGACUUUCUGUUGGCUAAA